AUGCACUGGGCGCUUGACACGCCCACAGCAUACUCAGGGGCCUUCGGCGUCGGCGCGGUGUUUGGCACGCGCCUGUCCUCGACCCAGCCUUGUAUCUGCCACUGCGAUUUUGGGCCAGAUCGCGGGCUCUUGGACGUGAUCCAGGGGCAGCUGGAUCGCUGCACGGCAGCUGGGCUGGCGCCUGCGCCCCCGCGGCCUAGCUCAGAGCUGGCCUGGUCGUCGGCGUGGUGCUGGCUGCUCGCGGGGCUGGGGCUCGGGAUCAUAGUCGGAGUUCUCCUCGGCGGCUACCUCGCGCUGGCCCUCGUGGGACGAGUGGACUGGCAGGGAAGCUUCCAGAGGGCCGUCGGUGACAGGCCCCAGACGCAGUCGGUCCUUCCAGGCACUGAAGCUCUCCAUUGUGCCUCUGAAUCGUGCGACGCGAUGUUCAAAGCGUGUCCGGGCAAUGUGUACGGGUUCGACCCACUCAGUGAGGAGCAGAAGGAGGAUAUCCAUUUGAGGGGGCUGCAGCUCGCGAGGGUGUUGGGGUACAAGGUCACCCCGAGCGCCACGGCGGGUGCCGCCAGACGGUGGAGAGUGUCGGACCCUGGGCACAGCAAGUUCAGCUGUGAGCUCGAGGACUCGGACAUGCUGCCAGGGAACCGAGCCGUGGUCAGAGGUGACUGCGGGCUGUAUCUCGUCGACGAGGAUGAGGAGGAUUGGGUCAGUGUAGAACGGGUUCCCAAUCGUCAGCUGGACGAGUGGUUGGAGAAGAAGAGGAGCGGGCCCGGCAGAGACCUGAGGAUCCAUCCGAUCCAGCGGGGUAGCGCUGGGCGCCGCAGCGCAUUGUUGAAGGAGUCGGUCAACUUGUUCAAGGUCCCGAGGUUUGAAGACUGGCCGUUCGACGGACCGUCAGUGGCCGACGAGGUUCUGACCGAGGUGACGAAAGCUGGGCUCGAGCUGCAGUUGUAUCCAACGUGGUGGGAGAGCAAGAGCGGGGUGAACCCGCAGAGCAGUGUUGCGCGGGAGGUGCGGCUGUGCUUCGACUACCUUCGGUGCUUUCAGUCGCAUGACCAGCUGAACCUUCCCGCGCUGUGGGGCGUGGAUUUGAUCUGCCGGCGGGUCAUUGUGUGCCAGCGGGCGGUCAGGAGGAGCCCGAAGAAUCCAGACUUCUCGGGGUUCGAGCGGUUCCUGCAGGCGUCGCUCGACGACAGCGGGGGGCUGCGGACCUCGGAGUUCGACAAGCACAUGGCCGAGUCCCAGAAGACCGACGCCACGGUGCUGAAGCAGUUCAGGCUUUGGCAGGAGGAGCUCGAGGCGGACGCGAAGAGGCAGGCAGCCAAGCCAGGCGGCAAGUCGUCGCCGGGGUGA